AUGGCGAGUUUACCUAAGGAGCUGGCCGGCACGGCUCCACCCAAUAAUUCUUCGAGGGGCAUAUCCAGGAAGGUUUUAUUCGAGAAGAUGACCCCCAUCCUCUUUUUGAGCUGGAUGGUCACAGCCCAAAUCAACAUUAUAUUCGGGUAUGAGACAACAAGCUUUUCUGGUGUCCAAAGCAUGCCGAGUUUUGCGACAGAGUUUGGGAGCCAGGACAGCUCCGGAAAAUGGGCUCUGUCUGCUGCGCGAGCAUCGUACACAUCCUCUACGGCAUUUGCGGGAAAAUUGAUUGGGUCUUUGGUCGCGCCACGGAUUAUUGAACGCUUGGGUCAUCGAUGGGCUAUCUGGAUUUUACUGAUAAUUGUCUGGAUUGGUAUCAUACUCGAAUCCACCUCGCGGCACAUCGAGCAGUUUAUUGUGGGCAGGAUUGUCGUUUAUUUUAGUGUGGGGCUUGCUGAGGUGACCUCAACUGGUUACCAAUCGGAGAUCUCACCCGCAUCCAUCCGCGGCACGAUUGUUGGAUCGCUACAACUAUUCAAUUUGAUUGGCCAAAUUCUGGCUUCCGGAGUGAAUCGGGGAUAUGCGAGCGUGGAGCAAAGAUCUGGAUGGAUUGUUCCUGUGGCAUUCCAAGCAGCAAUUCCUGUCUUGAUAUUCUUUGGGAAUUUCCUGAUCGUGGACUCGCCCCGAUGGCUCAUUAGCAAAGAUCGAACCGAAGAGGCUAUUGAAGUUCUUGAUAGGCUUCGUCCAAAAGCUGAUGUCCAAGCUGGACUUACACGAAGGGAAGUCGAGGCAAUUCGGGAAGUGAUCCAAUCAGAUAUGGAGAGUGGCUCGUGGGUUCAAUUAUUUGAAGGUGUUAACCUUCGUCGAACGCUUAUCGCAUCGUCUCUACUAUUUCUGCAACAGCUUUGCGGCCAAGGUUUUGUUUCUGGGUACUCUCCAAAAUUCUAUGACUCUGUCGGUCUCUCAAGUGAGGCAUUCAAUUAUAAUAUUGGAUCGGCGACACUCGGUUGGGGAGGUUGCUUGCUGGGAAUGCUCCUCAGUGAUUUCAUAGGCCGACGAAGCGUAUUGAUUUGGGGUGGCAUUGGACAAAUGAUCUUUUUGUUUGUUGUUGCUGGCUUGGGACUGAAAAAGAACCCUACCACGUCAGAAGCAAACGGCCUGGUGGCAGGGGUGAUGCUAUAUUUUUUUAUCUACUCUGGCACCUGGGGCCCUCUAGCUUUCACGGUUGCGGCCGAAGUGGGAUCCGCACCUUUACGUGCUAAAACAUUGUCACUGGGCAUUGCUCUGAAGUACAUACAACCCAGUUCCACCACCCUGGCCUCGAAAUUAACAAAGUAUACAGUUGCAAAUAUUGGAUGGGUUUUUGGAGCGAUUGCGUUCAUGUGUUCGGUGUUGGUGUACUUCGUGUUGCCCGAAACCAAGAAUCGUUCUCUUGAGGAGCUAGAUGAGUUGUUUAGAUCUCGUGUUCCCGCGAGAAAGUUCGAGAAAACAAGGACAUGUGGUCCCAGCAGUCGGUGA